CCACCGCAGCUACCACAGUGAAUGUGUGUGUGGGAGAUUGAGAAUCUCAUUCCAUUCUCUCUCUCUCUCUCUCUCUCUCUCUCUCUCUCACACACACACUCUCUCUCUUAAUGGCUUCUAAGUUAACUUGUAGUUGUUUGGUGUUACUUGUUUUAGUAUGCAUGGGGUGUGGUAUUUGUUGCUAUGGUGAGGGGAUGGUCCCAGCAGUGUAUGUCUUUGGAGACUCACUAGCAGAUGUAGGCAACAACAACCAUUUGGAUCUCUCCAUAAUAAAAGCCGAUUUCCCGCACAACGGCGUCGACUACCCCGGCCGCAAAGCCACCGGACGGUUCGGCAAUGGCAAGAACUCCGCUGACUUCCUCGCUGAGAAGCUCGGACUACCAACCUCGCCGCCUUAUCUCUCCAUCUCGUCUAACUCAAAUGCUUCUGCCUUUGUCGAUGGCGUUAACUUCGCCUCAGGAGGUGCUGGGGUUCUUGAUUCCACGAACUCAGAUCAGUGUAUUGCACUGAACAAACAGAUAGAUUACUACUCAACUGUAUAUGGAGCUUUGGUGCAGCAGCUUGGGAGUGACCAAGCCCAAAGCCACCUAGCCAAGUCGAUCUUCGUCAUCGUGAUCGGGAGCAAUGACAUGCUCCACUACGUUAAAUCGAGCUCACAGAACAAGCUCAAGAGUCCUCAACAACAAUUUGUCGAUUCCUUAGUUUCUUCACUUGAUGGCCAACUAAAGAGAAUAUACAACCUCGGCGCCCGUAAGUUCGCGUUCAUUGGCACCGGGCCGAUCGGCUGCUGCCCGUCGAUGCGGAAGCAGAACAAAACCGAGGGCUGCAAUCAAGAAGCGAAUGAUAUGUCAGUUCUGUACAAUAAAGGAGUUACUUCUCUUCUUCAGAACAUGGCAACGGAUUUCGGCGACAUGAGCUAUUCCUUCUUCGAUACCUCACUUGCAUUGCUCGAAUACAUCCAGCAACCAGCAACAUAUGGAUUUGCUGAGGUGAAAGCUGCAUGCUGUGGUCUGGGAGAUCUGAACGCGAAGAUCGCCUGCAUUCCAAUCUCGACUUACUGUGCGAAUCGGUCGGACCACAUCUUCUGGGACUUCUACCAUCCAACAGAGACCACCGCCGGCAUGCUUAGUUCGACUGCAUUCGACGAAUCUGCGCCUUACGUUUAUCCUAUGAAUAUAAGGCAGUUGGCUGCUCUCUGAUAUGGAUUUAUGAGAAUUGAAAAACUCCUUUUUCGAUGCACCAGCAUCUCCCGUCAUGUAAAACAAGAUUGAAAUACAAAAGGUCAAUGUAAUGUCAUGUACUAAUAUAGAUAUACCAAUACCAUCCACUACCAUAAAAAUUUAUGGCAAUUGCAGCAACAGUUUAUUGACAUGAGUUCCACAAUCUUUUUUUUUUA